AUGCCGCAGGACAUUGCCACCUUCCUCGACGCCAUGCCAGCGAAUCUCUGGACGCCGGCGCUUCUCGCAUUCAUGACCUCCAUCGCGACCCGCCCAACGGCAUUCGACUUUCAUCGCUGGUCCAUCAUUUAUCUCGAGGAGGCACAUUGCUCGCCUGAGGUGCUCAAGCUUCUGCAAGCGACGCUACGGCUAGGUCUGCAAUUCGAUGCGAUGAUUGGAAACAUGCGGCAUCUUGUGCCGGCCUUGGAGCCCAUCUGCGUCAAUGCUCGUCGUUGGAUGGACUGGACGUGA